GCCAAGUUGACUUUGAAAGAACCCCAGUAGUGGGACCAGGUCGGAAGCAAAGCAAGUCCCAAACUGAGCGUUUCUGGUCAAAGAUUCUAUUCUUUUUUAAAAGACACUGUGUUACUGGAGCCAGGCCUGGAUCUUUUAGCAUCCAAUUGAGCUGCAAGUAGCUCAUAGAUUGGUUUUGGUUUUGUUUUUUGUUGGUUUUUUUUGGUUUUUUAUUCAUGUUUGUACAAUCUUCUGGAUUUUUUUUUUCAAGAAGGAGUAAAAGGGAGUGUUGGAAACUAACAAACAGGAUUAAAACCCUGAGCGCUUAAAGGAGAGCAGGUUAAGGAACUUAAUCCAGGAUGGAUCCGCAGGAGCCGCAGCAGCUGGGGAUGUUUGCAGAGGGCGAGCUGAUGUCGGUGGGGAUGGACACCUUCAUCCAUCGCAUUGACUCCACCGAGGUCAUCUACCAGCCACGGCGGAAAAGGGCCAAGCUCAUUGGCAAAUACCUGAUGGGAGACUUACUUGGAGAAGGGUCUUAUGGCAAAGUCAAGGAGAUGUUGGACUCUGAAACCCUCUGUAGGAGAGCUGUGAAAAUACUGAAGAAGAAGAAGCUCCGCAGAAUUCCCAACGGGGAGGCGAACGUGAAAAAGGAAAUUCAGCUCCUGCGACGAUUACGGCACAAAAACGUUAUCCAGUUGGUAGAUGUAUUAUACAAUGAAGAGAAGCAGAAAAUGUAUAUGGUGAUGGAGUACUGUGUGUGUGGCAUGCAGGAAAUGCUGGACAGUGUCCCGGAAAAGAGGUUUCCAGUUUUUCAGGCUCACGGGUACUUUUGUCAGCUUAUAGACGGCUUAGAAUACUUGCACAGCCAAGGGAUUGUCCACAAGGAUAUAAAACCGGGGAACCUCCUGCUAACAACCAAUGGGACACUAAAAAUAUCCGAUUUAGGCGUAGCAGAGGCUUUGCAUCCGUUUGCAGAGGAUGACACGUGCAGAACGAGCCAAGGGUCGCCAGCAUUCCAGCCACCAGAGAUUGCCAAUGGCCUUGACACCUUUUCAGGCUUUAAAGUAGACAUCUGGUCCGCAGGGGUCACGCUAUACAACAUUACAACGGGUCUGUACCCCUUUGAAGGGGAUAACAUCUAUAAAUUAUUUGAAAACAUCGGGAAAGGUGACUACACGAUUCCAGAGGAUUGUGGUCCUCCACUCUCAGACUUAUUGAGAGGGAUGCUUGAAUACGACCCAGCCAAGAGAUUUUCAAUACAGCAGAUAAGGCAGCACAAUUGGUUUCGUAAGAAACACGCUCAGGCAGAGGCUCUGGUGCCCAUACCUCCUAGCCCAGAAACAAAGGACAGAUGGAGAAGUAUGACGGCGGUGCCUUAUCUGGAAGAUCUGCAUGGCUACAAUGAGGAAGAAGAUGAUGACUUGUAUGACAUUGAAGAUGAUAUCAUCUACACUCAGGACUUCACAGUACCAGCUGCAGAGGAGGAAGCUGAGGCAGGGCUUAGAGGACAGAGCAGAGCACUGAGCAGUCAUGACGAGCUCUUUGGAGAGGAAGCCGUGCUCCCGUCGGCCACGGGCACAGAAGAAGAGCGUGAAGCUUAG